UGAUUGCCAGUAGAGGAAAUGAGAAAGUUGAAGCACCACUCAGCUGAGACACAGCUCACCGCUUGUUGAUGAUCAAUACAUUCACGUGUGUGUGUGUGUGUGUGUGUGUGCUGCAGCAGCAGCAGCAGCAAGUGACCGAUACCACCGGUUUCUGUCUCCUCGAGCUACGUUCAGCGGCGUGACCCCACCAGGAACACGGAAGCCGCGCACCUGUGAGCUGACGUCACACGCUGAGAGUACCUGCAGCUACACGUCCAGCUGAAGUCAGUUACUGAAACUAGCUUCACGACGCGAGACAAAGGAGCCACGACGACUGUUCGCUGAGGGAUAUAUCCACCAUUCGUUUCCACUUUUUGUGACUUUCAUCGCGAGGAAUAUAGAAAAAAGGACAAAUAAGCAGAUGGCGACCGCUUGGCUCGCGGCUGUGGGCAUUUUAUUCGUCGCUUUUCAGGCCUCAGCUUUAGAGACCACAGAGGAGCCAAAAUGUGUACCUGGAUUCAAGUCAGAUGUGUUGAUCUUCAGAGUGACCAGAAAGCACCUGGGGCCGGGUACAAGGCUGGGCAGAGUGGGCUUCAAUGACUGCACAAACCGCACAAGAUUUCUUUUCAUCAGUAAUGACAGACGUUUCAUGGUCCAUCCAGAUGGGAUAUUGAUGGUAGGGAGAAAGGUUUUUCUUCAUGAAGGACACCUUGACUUCUUUAUCCAUAUUUGGAACUCGCAUGGUAAAAAAAUGACAGUUCCUGUCAAGGUAGUGGACCAUGGACAUCACCGUGGGCAUCACCAAGGGGAUAACCGCGGGCAUCACCAUAGAACCCAUGGGCAUCACCAACAGAAAACCCAUGGGCAUUACCAAGGGAAAAACCAGGGAGAUCACCAUGGGCAUCCCCAUGUGCAUCAUCAAGAGAAAAACCAUGGGCAUCACCAAGGUAAAAUCCAUGGGCAUCACCAUGGGCAACACCAGCGAAAUGUUGAGCAUCACCUCGGAGAGAACAGACACCACAACAAUCAGCACCACUUGAAUGAAGUGGACUCUGCUAACAAUACAGAGAAUGCAACCACCCCAGAGGUGCCUGUUCUGAAGUUCCCCAAGUCUGGUGAUGGAUUGAAGAGGAGGAAGAGAGACUGGGUUAUUCCUGACAUCAAUGUUCCUGAAAAUAACAAAGGACCCUAUCCUCUUAAAGUAUCUCAGAUCCGUUCUAGUGAAGAUAAAGUGAAGACGAUAUCUUACAGCAUCACUGGUCCAGGAGCUAAUGAGCCUCCCCUUGGCCUUUUCACAAUGGACAGGCUCACUGGUACUUUGUAUCUGACACAGCCUCUGGACAGAGAGAAGGUGGACAGGUACACGUUUCAAGCACAUGCUGCGGUAGAUGGGUCACUAAAUGCUGAGCAGCCGAUGGAUAUUAUGGUGAUUGUAAUAGACCAGAAUGACAACAAACCUGUUUUUGAUCAAGAUACAUUUCUGGGAGAAGCUGAAUCCUCACCAACAGGUUUUGAGGUGAUAAAUGGCCAGGCUUAAGUAGAUCUUGACGAGGGCAAUGCCAAUUCGGAUAUCUGCUAAUGUAUUGUGAGCCAGGAUCCAAGCCCUAGUGGCCCACUGUUUGAGAUCAACCCAAACACUGGAGCAAUCAGAGUCAAUGCCCGUGGGCUAGACAGAGAGAAAUACCCAAAGCACACUCUGGUGAUAGAGGCAGCAGAUGAGGGAAAUGGGUUGACUGGAAAUGCUAAAGUAAUCAUCACUGUAACAGACAGCAAUGACAACCCUCCAGCUUUCACUCAGUCCUCUGUGAGUAAAACAUACAAACAUACAGUAGCAGAAAAUAGAGUGGACGCUGUCAUUACGAUGGCAGUAACAGAUGGUGAUGAGCCACAUUCACCAGCCUGGAACGCCAAAUUCAAGAUUGUUGAUGGUGAUCCUGGAGGCCUGUUCACAGUCACAACAGGAAGUAACAAACACGAAGGGAUCAUUACUACUGCCAAGGGUCUUGACUUUGAAAUGAUCAGCACACUUGUUGGUUGUGCAGAGAAUGACAUUCCAUUUGCUACUCCACUGCCCACUGCCACACACAGUGGUGGAACGCAGGAUGUCAACGAAGCUCCAGUCUUUGAACCAGUUGAAAAGUUUGUGUCCAAACAGAACCUUCCUGUUGACGGUGACGUGGUGCAUAUCGUUUGACCUGACAUUGCACGCAAACAGACUGUAGAAAAGUAUAAAAUAAUCAGCGACCCUGCGGGCUGGCUGAACGUGGCCAAGGACACAGGCCUGAUUAAGGUGAAAAGCAUCAUGGACAGGGAGUCGACUUUUGUCAAGGACAGCAAAUACACAGCACUCAUUGGUGCAUACGACAAUGAUGACGUCCCGGCCACAGGAACUGGUACUCUGAUUAUACAGCUUGAAGACGUCAAUGACAAUGCACCCAUAAUUGAGGAACGUACAAUAAAGGUGUGUGCUUAUAAGGAAUCGGCCCGGCCGCUUUCAGUAACAGAUAGCAUGGACCUUGGCUUUGCUGCUCCAUACAGUGUCUCUUUACAGGGCAUGUCCAAGACCAACUGGACCGCUCGGAUGAAUGAUUCCAAAACGGGCAUCGAUUCUAAUUUAGGCACUGAGCUGGAAAGUGGAGAAUGUACUGUGGUCCUGAGGGUUACAGACAACGAUGUGGCAUGAGCAGACAACACCGCCCAGCCAGUGUGUGACUGCACAGGUGAAAUCGUGUCCUGUUCAGGGCGAAUUGCCGGGUGGGAGCAGCCUGCCCAUGAUUCUGGAAUACUGGGAGGCAUCCUGUUGCUACUCAUGCUGGUGCUGCUACUACUGCUGUUUGCGAGAUGGAGAGGAGGAGAAAAGAAGGAGCCUUUUCUGCAGGACGAUGAUAUCAGAGACAACAUCUAUUACUAUGAUUAUGAGGGAGGUGGAGAGUAGAAUGACCAGGACUAUGACCUGAGUGUUCUCCACCGUGGUCUGGACAACCGGCCAGAGGUGUUCAGGAACGACGUGAUGCCAAACUUCAUGCCGGCUCCCUGCACCGGGCCUCGCCCUGCCAACCCAGAGGAAAUUGGCAAAUUUCAUUGAUGAUGUGAUGACAAUCUAAUGCAGCUUGAUAAUGACCUCACAGCCCCUCAUGAUUCCCUGCUGGUUUUUGGACUAUGAGGGCGGUGGUCUGAUGCAGGAAGCCUCUCACUGAACUCUGUCGAGCAGCGAGACCAGGACUACAACUGCCUGAACGGUCGGGGACCCGCCAAGAAACUGGCAGACAUGUAUGGCGGAGGAGAGGAUGAUGAUAUGCUGUAAAUGUACCAAAGAACAA